ACUAAGAUCCAGUUUUCUUUUCUUUUACAUAACCAAAAUCAAAAAGCAAAUAUUUCGACUUAGCAGACCGAGAACGAAGGUUGCCUGCCGGCCGUCUUUACGCAACUCCACCACGGUACCACUCCACCAAAGAGUAUCAUCAUUCGCCUACCACGGUGCUGUUUCUUCGGCAGUACCCCAAAAAUCACUUUUACCAGCGGUGGUUCGCGCGCGUGGUGCACCGCUUGUCAUGAAUCUUUUUGCCGAUAUUUUGCUGGUUCUCGCGGGUACUACUUUGGUUUUCGCGGUGGGUCAAGAUGAGAAGUACUACGAGGAGAAAAAGGAUAUUUUUCCGGAUCUGCCCUUUGGGAUAAUAAAUGGGAAGAACGUUCUGUGCAGGGAGCAGACAAGGAUGUACUUGGAGAGUUUGAGGAACCUGAGUUUGUGGGCGUAUGAAAUGCGUGACUCCACAGCAAAAUCGGUAAACGGGCUCCUGAGAGGAGGCAUAGCCCAGUUCGGGCAGUUCGAAGAAUGCCUCAGCACUCAAGCGCCUUUUCACACUCAGUACUGCAUAGCUACGGUGUCUGCAGACGUACCCGCACCAGAAUCACCCAGGGAUCCGAAAUCUCUGAUUUAUGAUCCCAAUGAAUCCGUUUUAAGAAAAAUCUACGAUAAAAAAGAUCCUGCUCAACAAUCUGAAAACGUAGUUCUCAUGGGCUGGUGCAUUCCUGCAUCAUGUACGCCAACAGAUUUGCAAGACUACCUCAACGAAUAUUUGUCAUCAGUAGACACACCGUUGAGGAGAGAAAAUGUUACUUAUUCCGCAAGUAUUUUGGAAAGCAGUUGUCAAGCCCAAAAUGACGACAAAGGAUUCGACCAAAUCGAUGUGUCUUUCAUAUUGGUGACGUUGAUAGUAGUCCUAUUAUUAAUAGCAUCGACUAUAUGUGACGUAAUGUGGACUGAUGAGGAGAAAUUAGGAAAAGGCUCAUCUUUAAGACGGCUAUUAGUCUCGUUUUCUAUAAAGAAAAAUUAUCCAAGACUAGGUCACAGUGAUGAUUCCAAUCCAGCCCUUAAGGUUCUUUAUGGUAUGAGAGUGAUAUGCAUUUGUAUGAUCAUAACGGACCAUAGAUUUGGAACAUUUUUGAGCAAUGCUAUCAUGAAUUUCAAUGAAGUUGAAGAGCAAUACAGAUCAACACUUGGAACACUUUUUUUCCAUGGAGAUCUCUUUGUAGAUUCCUUCUUUAUCCUUAGUGGUAUUCUCGUCACUUACUGCCUUCUAAUACAGUUCGAUAAGAAAGUAUUAAAUCCAGGAUUCAUUAUCCUUAUGAGAUACAUAAGACUGACCCCUAUGUACGCUUAUGUGAUUUAUUUCUGCGCUACCAUGUUCUAUUUUGUUGGGCAUGGACCGAUGUGGAAGACGAUCAUAGCACCGGAAGUCCAAGAUUGCAGGGAAAAUUGGUGGACAAGCUUACUGUAUGUCAGUAACUACGUCAAUGCAGAUCACAUGUGUAUGGUGCACAGCUGGUACCUGCCUUGCGAUUUCCACUACUUCAUAGUAGCCAUAUUCCUCUGCCUCCUCAUCAGCAAAAAGAAGAAAACAGGACUUAUAUUGUUAGGCAUCACUUUCAUCACAUCUAUAGUAGUACCUUUCGUUAUAGUAUUUGUCAAUACUAGACCCGCAGUGUUGUUCUUUUAUUUGGACUUUAUCAGAAGUCCCAAAACUCAUCCCGAUUUUCUGUUGACGUACGUCAAAUCGCACGCUAGGAGUACGCCCUAUUUCGUAGGUAUGGUUGCCGGGUACUUGUUCUACAGGAUGAGAGAAAGAAAAGCCAAUUUAACUUGGAUAUCGUCCUAUGUGAUAUUCCUGAUAUCAAUAAUCCUCAUGCUAGUAUCGAUAUUCACUGGUGUGAUAUUCUACGACCCUUACUACGAAUACGACACACUAGAUGCAGCAGCUUAUUCAUCUUUACACAGAACUGUUUGGUCAAUAGGAAGCGUUGGCGUACUGUAUGUGGCUAGUUAUGGACACGUGAAAUGGGUAUACAACGUACUAUCCUGGAAACCAUGGGUACCCUUAAGUAAACUGGUGUAUGGUGCUUACUUGGUACAUUUCCAAAUACAGCUGAGAGCAACCGCAAAGAAGGCAGCUGCCGACGUAACUUCAUACUUUGAUAUUAUAAGUUACGCAUUAUCAGAUAUAGUGCUCUCGUUCAUAGUAGCUUUCAUAUUAUAUUUAUUAAUAGAAGCACCAUUCAGGAACAUAUUCGCAAUUAUGUUCUUCCCAGCAAAACACAAAGAAAAGAACAACAACGAAAAGACAGAAGAUGUCAAUGAAACAACUGUAGAUAGUCAUUUAUAAAAUAUAGGUUGAUUUAUAUAUUUUCGAGCUAUAUUCUUUUGUGAUUUAAAUAGGUAUGUAAGGCUAUUUUACAUAAUCAAAUGUUCAGCUUUUAUUUAAAGUCAAGUAAAGUCCGGUCUAACGAGUCAGGGUAGAUUUCGACAGACGACAUCCAAAAAACGACAGAAAAGCUAAUUUACCCGUGAAUUAAAAUGACAGACAACUGUCAGUGUUAUGUAUUCAUUCGUUAGACCAUCGUUGGAUAGACUUUAAAUAUGCCUUAUAAGUGAUGACGUUAUAAGGUAUUAAGCAACUAAUAUUGCUCUGAAUCCUAAUCAUUCUUCCGUUAUUUAUAAGAUACUUUUUAAAUUAUUAAUAGCAAAAGGCAUUUACUUAAAAAUAAUUCCUAAAUUUUAUGUGAAAGUAACAAGAGCAUUGUUUUUUUAAAUAUUCUAACAGGAAUAAAUUUAGGGUAGCAAGUUGAUGAAAUUUAAGGGCGGAGAAAUUACAAAUUGGGAGCAUCACAAAUAAAAUUUGUAAACAAAAAUAUUUUAUCU